AUGAAUUCAAAAAGAAAAUAAUAGAAACCUUUAUAAAAAAAUCUUUAAAAAAAGACAAAAAAAUAAGAAGAAGAAGAUGAAUUAGAAGACGAUGGCGAAUAAACGUCAGAGCAUUCUGAAAUAGAUUUACAAGGAUAUUUGUAACAAAGAAAUAAUAUACCAGAUACUCCUUCAGAUAAACAAGAUGAUGAAGUAGAUGAUGAAGAAUAAGAUCCAGAAGGUUAAGAAGAUGGAGAUGAAGAAGAAAGUUAUGGUGACGAUGAUAAUGAAGAAGAUGAAGAAGAAGACGAAGAUGAUGAUGAUGAUGAUAGUGAUGCUUAAUAAAAGCCUCCAUAAAAAAAUAAAGCUAAGUAAAAAUAAUAAGAAGAAGAAGAUAAUAAAGAUGAAGAUGAAGAUGAAGAUGAAGAAGAUGAUGAAGAUGAAGAUGAUGAUUGA